AUGCCGGCUGUGGGGGAGGAGGAAACGACCGGACAGGUGGAAAAGACCCGUGGUUUUGUUUUCAAUCAAUGACGAGCACACUUUUAUGUCCAUAAGGCACUUUGGCACCGUCAUCCACGAAAGAGAUGCUGUGCUGGGUGUCUCGGUGGACACUUUGCCUCCUCGGGGUUCUGACCAUAUGCAGAGGCACCCCCGGAGAUUUCCCAACCUUGAUUGAUUCCGAAGGAGAGUCUGGCUCCGGAAUGCUGCACACCGAUGAGGUGAACAUUCUGCGGGAGUUUUCCAUUCGGUUCGCCAAGAGCGAAAACACCUCCGUGAUUGUGGAGGACGGCAGGUGCCCCGUCCUCCAGGUGGGGCACUACUCCAUCUUGGCUCUCCCUCUCUCGCAGCUCUUCACUGAAGGGUUUGCUGACGAGUUCAGUUUCCUGGUGCAGCUGAAGAGUCCGCAGAGAGUCGAAAGCAGCGUGUUCACCGCGCUGAGCCCGGACGGCCAUAUCAUGCUGCAGCUGCGGAUCAGCGCUUUCACCCUCAUCCUCACCGGAGCGCAACAACGGCACUACGAGUUCCCCAUUCGCGAUCUGACCGAUGGCAAGUGGCACCGCAUAGCCGUCAGCGUGUCUGGCCAGCAGGUGGCGAUCUUUGUGGACUGCGCUGUGCUGGAGAUUGUGGACUGGGUCAACCGGGGGCUGGGGAUCAAAACCGAUGGACUCUUCAUGAUCGGCGGCGUCAUUGAAGGCUUUGAGACUCCCUUCGAAGGCCAUCUGCGACAGUUCACCUUCCUGAUGGACAACCCGGAGGCUGCUCGGCAGCACUGCAGCCACCACCCGCCGCGCUGCGGUGGGGGCGACGCCUUCAAAGCUCCCCCCUCCCUGCACGAUUUUGACGCUUUGGAGAUCCUGCCGUUGUCCUCGAAUGACCUCGACAAGCCGACGGGGCACCCCGAGGAUGAGUUACUGUUCGCCCUUGGACGCACCGUAGGUCUGCACGUUGCUCUGAAUGAAACGCAGCUGAAGUGCAAACCAGAAGCGCGCCGUGUCUCCUCUCCGGUCAUGUUCUCUCCUCUGGGAUGGUGCCUGGUCCUCGGAUGCUUGCUGUUGGAUCAAGACGGGCGCUAUGUGCAGGGCCAAAGACGGGUAGGCCUUGAACUGGAUGCGAUGCGGCGACGAGGUGCUUCUCGAGGAGAUGGGACCUCGCCCUCGGGAACAAGUCGCCAAGGUGCAGCGGGGCACCUUGUUGUGGAUGAGGAUACCGAAUUCUUGGAUCUGACCUUGCAAACCGGCGGACAAAUUAAUCCUCGGUGGAAGCCUUUCAAAAAUGGAAUCGGGAGAAACCAGAAGGGGAAGCCCGGAGUGACGUCAAAGCGUCUAGAGGACAACAUCACGACGGAUAAAAAGGUCCACCCUGCCGGGAGGUCGUCAUCGUCGUUUCCAGGAAAACCAACCGGUGACAUCAUUAAUCUCGAUGGCAGAAAUACCCGCAAAAAGCCGGUCGGGGUAUUCACUGUUCCUCCGAAGCUUCCCCGAGGACCCUUUGACUCGAGUGGCGAUGGGACCGAUUCUUCUCAUGUCAUCUACCAAAGUCCAUCUGUCAGAAAGGCCGAAGAGCGGGACGGACCAACAACCACACGGAACAUUUCAUACAACAACCAUCCAGACAGACUCCAAGGUCAACUUCCAAUCAAAAGCAAAUCUGGAACCAUGAGCAUUCCAUCGAAAGAAGGAGGCCUGGCCCUGGGUUCGGAUGGCAAACUGUAUCGUCUGAAGCCUGGACCGCCGGGCAGAAUGGGCCCUCCCGGACAAGAGGGCUGCGAUGGAGAAGCUGGGUGGCCCGGAUUUAAAGGCGAUAAGGGUAAGAUCGGCCCUGAAGGGACUCCAGGGAAUAAGGGUGACCGUGGACCACCGGGACCACCGGGUUUACCAACCCUGUACCUGUGGAGGAACACUGCUGAGGAAUGGGCCGCCUUCCAGCAAACCGGUUUCUACCAGUUACUCCGUGCCGGUUGGCCUAUUAACGACGGCCCCGCCGGACCACCCGGAGAGAUGGGCAAGACUGGCAUGCAGGGUCCCCCUGGCGAACCUGGCGAGCGCGGGCGACCGGGGAUGCCAGGAGAGAUGGGUGAGCGGGGCCCCAGGGGUCCUCCCGGAAGAGCGGGGGCCCCAGGCAGAGAUGGAGAAAACGGAGAAGACGGUCAGCAGGGGUCACAGGGUGUUGCUGGAUCACAGGGCCCGUGGGGCUACCGUGGCGAGCGAGGUUCCAAAGGGGAAAAGGGUGAUGAGGGUCUCACUGGUCGAAAAGGCUCAAGAGGGGAAAAUGGGAAACCUGGCCAGAAGGGUUCAGCCGGGUUACCGGGCCCACCGGGUCCUGUCGGGCCGAGGGGGCCUCCUGGGAUCCGAGGUGGCACUGGUCCAGAGGGCCCGCCUGGACCCGAUGGGGAGCAUGGUUUGGACGGCCCACUGGGUUUUCCAGGUCUGACGGGUGCACCAGGCAUUACAGGACAAGUUGGUCUUCAAGGAGUGAACGGCUCAAGGGGGGACGUUGGCCCUCCAGGCAAUGUCGGCCGCAAAGGUCCACAGGGCCCCCCAGGUUUAGAUGGACAAGCGGGGCCUCCAGGACACAGAGGGCCCCAAGGAACGCCAGGACUGAGUGGUGGAGCAGGGCCGAAAGGAGAUCCUGGACAUGUGGGUACCGUGGGUAUGCGAGGCGAACCCGGAUUUGAAGGGCCAAUGGGUGCACCAGGAGAUUGCGGUGCACCAGGCAUCCCCGGACCUACGGGCAUCCGGGGACCAGAUGGGGACACGGGGAUUCCAGGUCCGAAAGGAGAUAAAGGCUUUCAAGGGGCCAAUGGUAUUCCAGGUCCUCAGGGGGAGAGGGGCCCCCCUGGGUUUCCAGGUUACUUUGGCGCCAAGGGUCAACCCGGUCCCAAAGGCAUUGAGGGCGCAAACGGUGAAACGGGUCAUCGGGGAAAACAGGGCAGUGGUGGUUUCAAGGGGAACAGAGGACCAGAUGGACGAAAUGGGAACGCGGGACCCAGAGGCAACAGGGGGCGCUCAGGACAAAGUGGACCCAGCGGACAGCCUGGUCCACCGGGUUUGGCGGGUCACCCUGGACCACAGGGACCAGAAGGAAAGCCUGGUACACAGGGUAACGUGGGUGUAACUGGCCCUGUGGGUAAUAACGGCAUCACGGGUCCUCAAGGAAUUUCUGGAGAAAGAGGACCUGAUGGACCAUUGGGUUCGAUGGGCCCUCAAGGGUCGCCAGGACCCCAAGGCAUGACUGGAGCCCCGGGUGAAAAGGGUUUCACGGGGAAGCCUGGCAAGGAAGGACCACAGGGCCCAGUUGGCAUGUAUGGUAUCCACGGCACCGUGGGCAUGUGCGGCCAUCCGGGAGCCUUUGGAGAGAGGGGUGAGACGGGUUAUCGAGGUUUUCCCGGGCCUGCUGGGAAGCCAGGGCCCCCGGGUCUGCCAGGUUCCCCUGGGGAAAAGGGGCCCCAGGGACCCCAGGGUCGACCUGGAGAUGAAGGACCAAAAGGCAUUCAGGGUGCACCGGGUGCUCCAGGUCUCCCAGGUGAUGCUGGAGCUCCUGGAAAACCAGGGCCCCGGGGAAGUAACGGGUCCCCCGGACCUCAGGGGCCAUCUGGGCCAGCUGGAAUCCUAGGCCUGCAGGGUGAGGCUGGAUUAAUCGGAGCAGCGGGAGAAAGAGGAGAGAAGGGUUUCCCUGGAUUAGCCGGUGAUGUCGGCCUGACGGGACUUGAUGGACAACAGGGUCAACCGGGUAACACGGGCGAUGAUGGACCACCUGGAUGGAAAGGAGACCCGGGGGACUCCGGGCCUCGAGGGCAAUAUGGUCCUACAGGACUACCGGGAGUGAGAGGACUUGCGGGCCCAAAAGGACGACCUGGUCCUGCUGGAUCUGUUGGAAAACAGGGGGAUGUCGGCCAUCCCGGUGAAGCAGGAGAUCCUGGAUUGAAAGGAGACAAGGGCGACAUGGGACCUCGAGGCUUUUCUGGUCCCGAGGGCGCCUGGGGAGAACUUGGAAAAAAUGGCGAAAGAGGCCCAAAGGGGAAGAAAGGCCAUAUUGGAUUCAUGGGUGAACCAGGCCUGGUCGGCGAAGUGGGCCCUGCAGGUCCUUUGGGGUUAAAGGGAAGUGCGGGAACUUCCGGAUCCCCAGGGCCAAAGGGAAUUCAUGGACAAAAGGGGGAGUCUGGUAACAUUGGUAAAGCGGGACCUGUCGGGUCAAGAGGCCCCGUGGGAAUACCUGGAGUGCGGGGUGUCAGAGGCGACAUUGGACAACCGGGACCACAUGGUCACCUAGGAAAGGGCGGCGCUAAAGGUGACCAGGGAGCUAAAGGGGAAGCGGGACAACAAGGGCUGAAAGGAGCGCCCGGAGCACCAGGCCCACUAGGGCAGCAGGGAGAAGAAGGCUUACCGGGAAUCCAAGGUCCUUCGGCUCUUCCUGGCUUAGAGGGAGCUCCUGGAGAGAUGGGACUUCAGGGCCCUCCUGGUCUCAUUGGGAAAACUGGAGGGCAAGGAAGACGAGGACCUGAGGGGAAACGGGGCAUGAAAGGCGAAAAGGGAGAUGAUGGCAAGAUUGGUUCACCGGGAAAGAUCGGUCACGUUGGGCGGAGGGGAAAGCGAGGAAAAGCCGGAAUUCGAGGAACCAGGGGCAUCAGAGGACUAAAAGGUGAAAUGGGGGAGACGGGAGUCGCGGGCCACCUUGGCUGGGCAGGCACCAUCGGUAAACCAGGUCUUCGCGGAGAGACGGGGGAUCGAGGUGAACCGGGAACAAAGGGUGAAAAGGGGGACAUGGGGCUAUCGGGAUUACCUGGAUUUGAUGGCACCAAGGGUAUCCGUGGACCCGUUGGGUUGCCAGGGGAAGUUGGUCUCCAGGGAGAAAAGGGAAUUAUAGGUCCACCAGGGCCAAGAGGGACAUCAGGCUUGCCUGGAUCACCUGGCACAUUUGGAUUGAAGGGUACAAAGGGCUACCCGGGUUUACCUGGUCUGCCAGGUAGAAGAGGCCUCCCAGGUCCGCCUGGUUUUCCCGGUCCUCCAGGACCAUCCAUAAACAUGACUUUGACAGAACUCAAGGCUCUCAUGUAUGUGUCCGACAAGCCCAAUUACGCUUUGAUCCAAACUCUUCUGGAUUCUCUAGAGCAGGAACUUCGUCUCCUGAUGGAUCCUCCCGAUGGCAGCAAAGAGCAUCCCGCCACCACCUGUCUCGAACUUUGGCUCUGCCACCCAGAAUACACCAGUGGAACAUAUUAUGUCGACCCAAACCAAGGCAGCUCCGCUGACGCUCUGCUUGCCUAUUGCAGCUUCUCGAGCGCAUCAAUACAGACGUGCCUGCAUCCUGAAGAUUCUCAGUUGCCUACGAAAGCCUGGCUGGAAGAAUCUUCUGCCGAGGGCUCCUUUCAGUGGCUCAGCAGGCUGGACCGAGGAUUUCAGUUUAUUUAUCCAGGUGCCACCUUGGUUCAAAUGCGCUUCCUGAGGUUGCACAGUAGCACAGCCACGCAGAAGUUGACCUACUCCUGCCACCCGGGACACAAGUUGGGCCGCUCCGAAAGGGAUAUCAAAUUUCUCACUGACACAAGGAAGCAAAGUUUCCUCGGAGCAAUUCAAGAUUGUGUGCCUGGAGAGGUGAUGGUGUCAGGACCCCGGGAGUCGGUUUUUGAGUUUGAAGACCUCCACCUACUUCCUGUGAGAGAUGUGGCGCUAAUGGGUGGUGGAAACUUUACACAUCAGUUUGGCUUCAGUGUUGGACCCGUUUGCUUUAGUUAGAAAAGAUUUUCAGCCGCUCCACCCCAGAAGAGUUUCAGGUCCCGGGUACAAAUGCCUACUAUGCGCUAACUUCUAAGGAUGCUCCUUGUUAAGUAUUAUUAUUUUGUUUUUUGGUGCUGGGGGAUUUCGUCUGAAGUUGAGUUUCGUGCGCUCAAGCUGACGGAAAAAUACGAUGUUUACAGACACUUACGGGAUGUAAAUAGGGCUCCGAUUACAUCGUGUAAAUAAUGACGAUCGACUUCCACGUUCUUCAUUGCAAAAUAGUCACCGGCAAACUAUCGGCCAUAAGCCAACGGGUCAGUCGAACUCUCCGGUCAUCUUUUUCGAGGCGCUGAUAACAAUUUAUUUAUGAGUCCAACGUGGAUUUAAUCCAUCCUCAAACUUGCAUGGGACUGUUUGUUUGUUCAGGAAUAUUGGUGCUGUCUUUUGUCUGGCAUACAAAGAACUGUUGAACAUGUUUUAACGUUUUCAUUUAAAUCUGUCUCAGGUUGGGAUUCUGUACACAUGGGCACUGAAGCCACUUUUGUUCCCUCGUAAAAAUGGGAAUCUUUUCAAAUGAGAGAAAUUCCGUUCGGACUGGCAUCGUCUGAGAUCAAAUCAAAACGAGUGUUGCACAAUUGUUCAAAAGCUUCAGAAUGAUUCUCACUCAUGUACAGUAUAUGCUUAUGUUGCAAUGAAACCUCAGUCAGAAACUGCUAUUACUACUUUCUUGAUAGUUUCAUAUAUAUAUAUAUAUAUACAGUAUGUAAUAUGAUUUAUUAUGAUUCUGGACCCGAAGAAUCAGUGCUCGUAUCUUUUAAGGGAAAAAACACCCAAAUUUGGUCAUAAUCCACUGAUGGGUCCUGCCUUGGUUAUUAUGUGUGGGCUAAGUGGGUAUGGAACUGGUCAGCUAUGGCUGGGGUACGUGUGGACUUAGUAGGCAUGGGUUAGAAGGGGACAUCCAUGUCUGGGACUUGUAUGGGUUUUAGGUGGGCUAAGUGGGCACGGGUUGAAACUGGUUACACGUGUCUCUGUACCAUAAGGUUUAUAUAAGGGCUCCUCCCAGAUUUGUGUCUUUCCUAUUGAGGUUGAAAUUCUUAUUUUACUCCAUCCGAUUAAUUCAUAAUAAGUCGAGCAAUAAGGCGGAGCUGGUGAAUGCAUUUUCUCCAUAAAACCUUACUUGUAAAAUAUUCAGAUAUGAUUUAUCUGUUUUACCGUGUAUAUUAAUUUAAUUUGAUGUUUAGUUUUUUUUUACAUUUACUUUUUAGAUUGAAUUGUUUAAUGGUGAAAUCACACAUGUAAGUGAGAAUUGAUUUACUGAAUCGGAUAUACUGUUUAAGUUGAAUACGUAUAAUGUGAUCCUGUAUCGUUAUAUUGUGUGUGGUUUUGUUUCAAUAAAAUCCUUUAAAAAAGUA